AUGUCUUUCGACGGCACCGGCAAUGACAUCUUCAACGAGAUCCCCUACAUAUCUUUGUCCUACAGCAAUGCGGAUUCUCAGACAUCGGCACUUCGCCUGAUCUUGACCCUCUUUCCGGACUGGGAACAUAGUGACGGCAAAAUAGAAUUCAUCCGUUUCAAGGAUGGCAUCACCAACACUCUGCUGAAAGCUGUCAAGAGACGACCCGGCUAUACUGAGGAGCAGAUAGAUAAAGAGGCAGUCCUACUACGGGCGUAUGGCAAUGGAACUGAAGUCCUGAUCGAUCGAGAAAGGGAAGCCACUUCCCACUCGCUACUCGCCCAGCACAAUCUUGCUCCUCAACUACUCGCUCGCUUCCACAACGGCCUCAUGUACAGAUUCAUUCGGGGUCACGUCAGCAGUUCCGAGGACCUCACAUCGGAACCUGUCUGGCGAGGAGUAGCACGCAGACUGGGACAAUGGCACGCAACUCUUCCCAUACUAUCGGCCGGAAAGUCAGCUGUGAUCGCCGAUGCGGGCAUGGAAGUACCGCUCAAGUCGUCGGCCCCAACGCCAAUAGCUUCGCUGGAAGAAAUCAAUGCCAUCACGCCUUCCAAGCCUACUCCGAACGUCUGGACCGUCAUGCAGAAAUGGGUUUUCGCUCUACCGACGACGAAUGAGGCUCAAGUGAAACGCAAAAAAACCCUCCAGAAAGAGCUCGAACGCACGGUGGCGGACUUGGGUGACAAACCUGGAUUAGGGGGCAACGGGCUUGUUUUUGGCCACACGGACCUCCUCAGCGGCAACGUCAUCGUGCAACCGCGUUCUGCUUUGGCUGGGGACAGCAAGAUCGACACUGUUGCCUUUAUCGAUUAUGAAUAUGCUACUCCCUCGCCUCCUGCUUUCGACAUUGCGAACCAUUUUGCCGAAUGGGGUGGCUUUUCGUGCGACUUUAAUGUUCUCCCAACACGUUCGGUCCGUCGUCAUUUCAUCGAAGAGUACCUUUCCAGCUACACCUCGCAUACCAAGCUUCAUCCGAACAUUGAUUACGUGUCUCGCCUCUUUGAAGAAGUAGAUGCGUUUCGCGGCGCUCCGGGACUGUAUUGGGGUAUUUGGGCGCUUAUACAAGCCACUAUCUCACAGAUCGACUUCGACUAUGCAUCAUAUGCAGAGAUAAGGCUCGGCGAGUAUUGGGCGUGGAGAGCCGAAGAAAACGGAAGCCGGGAACGCGAUGGGAAAGAGAGGCCGUUAAGAGAAAGGAGAUGGGCAGAAGAAUAG